GCUCACGGUUUCCGUUGACAUCCAGUUCGUAUACAUUACACUUACAAGACAGUUCGAGACUACUAAACCUUAUUUUGAGAAGAUAUUUUCAAGACAAAAACCAAGUUUGAGUUAUGGCAACGAAGACAUCCAACGCCAUGGACCAAACAACCAGUCCCCGGGAAGAGGACCCUCCUCCUACCACAGUGGACACCAUUCGCCCCAUUGUGGAUUCAUUCUUCAAAUGGAUUGAACCCAAGCAGUGGGAGCAUUUGCUCUCAGGAAACCCUGAUGACGAAACCCGGUACAUGCUGGCAGAGAUGCUAUCCAACAUGAUGGCGCUCAUUAUAGAAUCAACGCUGGCAGAGGUCGCAAGGAGAGGAGUUAAGCCGCCCGAGUACCUGUCGUCUAGUUUGGGGGAUGCACUGCCUCGAGCGUUCGCUCAAGUUCUGGACGUACCAGAUGAGGUCUGCCAUGAGAGCUCAGACUCCUUGAGGAGCAUCAUGGCCACAGAAGCAGCAGCGUGUGUCAACUCCAUGUACUUUCUUCGCACUAACCCAGUGCAUCCAUAUAGAAAGUACACCACUACUCUCAUGACAGUGGAUGAAAUGGUUGAUCGCGCCAUUAAAAUGCUUCAAGAGUGCACCGAGAAGAAGAGAGCCAUUUCCAGACAUUCGCCGCUGCAGCCGAAAUGCAGCCCGGGCACUUCCACACCCAGACACACGCAAGAAGACCAAGAAGACACGGAGUCUACAAAAAGUGAUGUCACCGAACGUGUGGAAGACAGACCUGCUCCAGACCACAACGUGUCUCUAAUGAGCAGGAUAAAGAGAUUCUUCAAAAAGCCACCUUCCAGACCGUCACCACCAACACCAACACAGAUGCCCGACGAAACAGUGACACCUGUGGAAGCCUUUUUGCUUCCGGACACAGCUUCCGUGUCCGCCUUUGCACCUGACGAGAACCCUGACGAGAAUUCAAGAGCAAAGGAAGAAAUAUUCGUGAACAGCGUUACAAAGGACCUGAUUUCACGAGCCCUUAAAAAGUCAGGGAUGACCUACACUAUAGAUUCCCUAGAUGACGUCCACCAGGGACUGUUCGACAAAAUCUUGGAAGAGGUCGACAGCAAAGAUUUUAAUAUCGACUUAAACAAGUUGAAGGAGCUGGACAAAGCCAUUGUCAAGGACCUCAGUAAAAGACUACACUGCUCCACGAAAACUGUGGGGAUACUUAUAAUCUUAAAAAAUCCACGUGUAAAAGACUUGAUCGUGUCUUCUUUUAAGAAGCAGUUGAAGAGACACUCCGAGGAGCCUGGCACCAUCAGAGAGAUGUUCACAGCAAUUGGAAGAACUUUAACCUACCCGACAUACGGCCCCACAAUCCUGGUGUUUUAAAAGUUAACAUCUACAUCUUCAUUGAUGAAUCCAACUCAGAGCUCAAGCAGGAGGUUACCCACUUCCCCUCCCCGCCCCCCCCACUGAUUGCUGCAAGUCAGAGAGCAGUGGAGGACGGGGUUACUUACAUCCGGGGACACCUUCUUCUUCACUAGUUUCUGCGAGUCAGAGAACAGUGGAGGAGGGGGUCACCUGAAUGUGGGGACACUUCCUGUUCCUGACCUGUUUGUGGGUUUACCUUUUCCUCUGCUGGAAUCUGCUAGACGGAGACCAGUGGAGCAGGAGGACGCCUACGAAUGGGUCAGGAAUUUGAGCGCGUACCAUCAUCUUGUUGGACACCAGGACCACCUGACAACCAGAGGGCCAAGGAUUGACUUUUCCUGACUGUGGCGCCUGUACUGCACCGUCACCCUACUGCCACCCUACUGCCACCCUACUACUACUACUUCUCUUCACCUGCUAUCGAAAUAAUAAAAAAAAAAAAAAAAAAAAAAAAA